AUGCCUCCUGAGGUUCAAGCACAACCACCGGCCAAUGUCAACGACUCAGAGGGACCCAGGAAACCUUUGAACGGGAGCCCGUCUUUAUAUUCACUUCGCACUAUUCCUGUGGCCUCUGCUCCGCAUUCUCCUACUUCACCUCGCCUAGAAGAGCUCGCUCAUGACAUACACUGGCUUGCCAAAUACAUGCCUGCUCUCGAUCCGGACGCUCGCAAGCUGGUCUUCCGCGCUGGGUUAAAGGUUCUCCUGUUGUUUGUUGUGGGAAGCAUCCUACUCGGAGGGACGUUGUGGGUUGCUCUGCCGACACUAGACGAGGCUGAUAGACCUAUGCUACGCAUUCCUAAAUCGUUUACCCAACUACAAGAUCUCAAUACCUUGCUUAAGAAGUACAGGGAUUACUUUCCCCAUUCUAUCUCACUCGAGAAUGAAACUGACCCUGCUUCCCCACCUGCUGUUUGCCGAUGGACUUCCUUCGCCUCGUCACUCGCCUGUUCAUCUCGCGUUGUUCUGCGCGACAGUCUUCAAGCCUUUUCUCUCCCUGGGUCUAUGUACCUGUCAAUCCUCGGUGGAGCGGUCUGGGGCGUCCCUCGAGCGUUACCCUUGGCAUGCUCGUGCGUCGCGACCGGUGCAACCCUAUGCUACUUGAUUAGCGCUGCUCUGGGACCAGCAUUACUCGCUGUGCCCAGCUGGCGCGCACGGCUCGAUACAUGGUCUGAGAAGAUCGAGUCCCAGAGGGAAAAUCUCAUGAGUUAUCUUAUUGUCAUCAGGUGA